AUGGCGACACACACUUCACGAAUCGUCGACUUAGAGACUCAAAUGGCGGCGGUGCAACAAAAACUGGAUUCGCAACAUCAAGAUCUGAAAUCCGCCAUUGCCGAGCUCGCUGCUUCAACCAAGGAUAACAUCGACGCGCUCACCGCUUCCUUGACGCGGUUGCGCGACCAGUCCCCGAGGCGAUCUUCUCCGUCUGGAUCUCAGUCACACUUUCCCGACCCUCCGCCGUUCCUCUCUCAACAUCACCGUCCGUCGCUGUUGGAUCAUUAUCCACGAUUGGAGUUUUCCUAUUUCUCUGGUACCGAUCCGCACGUUUGGGUGAGCAAGUGCGCGAAGCUUUUCAACCUGUAUUCGAUUCCAGAAGAUCAGAAGGUGGAGCUGGUUUCGUAUUACUUGGAAGGCCGAGCUCACACCUGGUUUGAGGGCUGGUCCUUUCGUCGCUUUCCUCUAAUUUGGGGGCAGUUCGUUGAGGAAUUACUUCACCGGUUCGGAAAUCAAGAACAACUCAAUGUUGUUGCUGCUUUUAAUCAGCUGCGGCAAACGACGACGCUAUCUCGUUAUCAAGAAGAGUUCGAGGAUCUUCGUUCUAGAAUCUUACGAUUGAAUCCCGAUCUCAAUGAGUACUAUUUUGUUAUGAGCUUUAUGGGGGGACUUGACGAUGAAAUCCAGCCUCGAGUUCAGGUACUCAAUCCUCCGACGUUGGCGUGCGCCUUCUACCAAGCUCGUCUGGAGGAAUCGCCGAUUGAGGCUCGUAAGAAGAAAGCUCGCUUUGCUCCUUCUAAUCGUUGGUCGGCUUCUUCGUCCACUUCGCCGUCACCAUCGAUUGGUCGUUCUUCACCACGCGAUACUCCUGUUGCGUCGCACUUUACGCCUGAACGGAUUUCCGUUCCGCGGGGCCAAGGGUUGUGUUACAAGUGCGGCAACAAGUACUUUCAUGGUCAUGUAUGUUCUAAGAAGAAGCAACUUCAUUCAUUGCAGGCUGAUCCUACUCCUUCUCCUGACACGGAGGAAGAACUGGAUGACGAAUUCUAG